AUGCAUUCCACGGGGCCAUCCAGCGGAGACGGCAAGGUGCCUUGCGAACCCCGCCCACCGGGGUCUUCGUUGAGCCUGAUGGCUAUGGCCGUGGAGAUCCAGACCUUUGAAGCGAUGGACUUAGGUGUGGCUUUGUUCGUCCUGGGCAUCAGCUGGAUCAUACUAUCACUCCUCAUAGGGAGAAUUCGAUCGUCGCAGCAACGGCGCCUCCCUCCAGGUCCAUUCUCUUUCCCCAUUUUUGGAGCGCUCUUCUCCCUCAAGGAGCCACUCCACCAGCACUUUGCAAAGAUCAGCAAGAAGUAUGGGCCGAUCGUCUACCUCAAGAUCGGAAUGGCCCCGUUCGUGGUGGUAAACAACAACGAAAUGGCCGCACAGGUUCUUAAGACCCACGAUCUCGAGUUUGCAAGCCGGCCGGACGACGAGUUCUUUCGGAUCAUCAGCCACGACUGGAACGGUCUCAUCCUCGGGCCCAUAGGUGAUAAGUGGAAGACCAUGAGGAGGAUUUGCAGCACACACCUGUUUAGCAACAGUAUGCUCAAGACAAGCGCAGGAUUCCGUGAGUCGGAGAUGAAGCAUACAGUCAAGUCCAUUUUCCAGCAAUCCGAGACAACGAUCAAUUUGCACGAGGUUUUCAGUAGUCUCUUGUCGAAUUCGCUAUGCCUGGUUCUUCUUAGCGAGCGGGGGCUGGAGGUCAUGGAUCUCAGCCAGAAGAUAGCUUCUCUAAGCUUGCACCUGAACAUCGGUACCCUGCUUCCGGCACUUGACGGGCUGGAUCUCCAUGGAGUCUACAAGAAAAUCAACAGGGAGCUCAUGCCUCGCCUGAAGCUCUUGCUGGAAGAUCAAAUCGACAAGCAUCGACGCAGAAAAGAUCAAGCUGGGGACGGGUUCGUCCCUCGAGACUUCACUGACGUUCUUAUAUCUCUCGAGGACAAGGAUAAAUUGCCAGACAUUUCCAUUUUGGCACUGCUCUGGGACAUGGUUGUUGCAGGGUUGGAAACUUCACUAGUGACGCUCGAGUGGACAAUGGCGGAGCUCAUAAACCAUCCCCGAGUCGUGUCCAAGGCUCAAGCCGAACUGGACAGCGUUGUAGGGAGAGCUCGCGCGGUGCAAGAGUCCGAUCUUCCAAACCUUCCAUACAUCGAUGCCAUUGUCAAGGAAUCACUGCGUCUCCACCCGGCAGCCCCACUGGGAGUUCCUCACAAGAAUCUCAAGCCCGUCAACCUGGGCGGGUACACCAUCCCCGGCGGCUGCAAGGUUCUCGUCAACAUAUGGGCCAUCGGACGCGAUCCCGCUCGCUGGCCCGACCCAGGAGCGUUCCAGCCGGAGCGUUUUCUCGGCUCCAGCAGCGCCAUCAACGGGCAGAACUUUGAUUUCAUUCCAUUCUCAUCGGGCAGGAGAGUAUGUGCCGGCUAUCCACUGGCGAUGAGAUCGAUCGCGUUUUACGUGGCCAGUUUGCUCCAGGCAUUUAAUUGGCGUGCUGCUAACCCGGGCGGGAUCGACAUGGAAGAGCGCACGAGAAGUAUAACGAUGACGCUCAAUGCUGACUUGCUCGUGAACGCGUCCAUCAGGCUCGAUCAAAAUAUAAUUUGCAGCUGAGCUAUAGGCAUGUGAUAAAACUGUUUAGCGUUGAGAUCCGCGCGUUAAUAAAUUUAACUAUUUAUUUUUAAAGUUUAUUAUUAUUAAUAUAAGCUGG